AAUUGAUAUUCUAAAAUAUAAAUAUUUUAUACCCUGCACUGUUAAAGAGAGUUAAUUUUUUAUAUUCGUGUACAUUAUUUGUAAGCCUGUAAAUUGAACAUACCGAGGAUGCUUCAUGCAAGUGCGUUUAUUCUUGGAUUCCGAAGAACGUUCGCCAGGGGCGAAUAUGCUCCCGAAGGAUAAUCUGCGAUCGCUUCGUGCGUUCGAAGACAGUGGGAAAAAAGACGGUUAGCUGUCGUCGGAGGCCUAAGAGCCUUCCUCCGCUUUUUAAAGAUCGGAACAAAGUGCCACGAAGAAUUUCACGAAUCUUCACUGUGCCGGCGCCGUGCGCGUGGCGAGCAUUGUCCGGGGAUUAAACCUGCCCGACGUUUCCGAAGAGGUUUCCAACGAAUCGAUCGCGCGAAGUCGUCCACAGUACUCCGCUGCCUUCGAUUCGGUGAUACCUUCAGCGACGCCCUCCUCGCCGCACCAUGCAGCGAUAGCAAGAGUAAUAUCCAAGUUCGAGCGAAUUAUCAUCGAUGAUGAAGUAGUGCGAACGUCGUGCCAAUCUUUUCAUUGACUUCAACAGCGUAAAUGGCGCAAGAGCCGGUUACACCACAUCGUCAGACGACUAUAACAGCUUAAUCUGCGAGAAUUCGUGAGAAAAACGGAAGAAUCGUAUCGGCGCUGAUGCAUCGUGAGAGAAAUGCAAGAAUUUUAUCGGCGUUAAUAUAUCGGAUCUUAAGAAAUUUAUUGUUAAUUAUGAGAUAACUUAGACAUUAUUGCUUUUUAAUGCAAAUUUAUUGUAAAAUGGUUACAAAUAAAUUAUGAAAGUAUCAAGAGUAAUUAGUGUAUAAAUGAUUGUUGGGGAGGAGGAAGAGUAUAAGUGGUAUGUCAUAAUAAUUAGACGUCGAGGAAAGUAUUAAUAAUAAGAUAAUUUAAAACUGAAUUUUGGAAACUGAAUUUUCUCAUCAGUUUGUUGUAAAUUCAAUAUGGAUUGGUUAUCUCUUUGCGUCUGUGGCACAAAGCGCAGUUCCAACGACAGGAAGAUCAAGAAGGACGGAAAGCGCAAAAAGAGCAAGAAAUCUAAAAAGAAUUUCAAGCAGAAAGGAUCUUGUCAAGCGCCGCCGUUCAUCAUCGAAGAGUUCUUGCGCAAAUCGCAGGACGGGCAGCCGAAAGAAAUCGCGGAAAAGGAAUGGACGAACGGAGAAAUUGUUAAUUGCCUCAAUGAUUGCGCGAAAAGUCAGAUCGGCUCGACCGAUCAAACCGAUCCAUCGAAGGUCAACGGUUCACCGUCUUAUCAAGUCGACGCUCAUGGGAGCCUCGAGCAGUCUCUCGAGAACUCUGAAAGAAACGCGGACGAGUCCUCUCGAGAGGCUCGUGAUAUCGAUUAUUACGACGAUGCAGUGCUGCAUUCGGAAUGUGCAUCGAGCACCGCGGACGAAAACGAGAGGCAAGUCAAGUGUACUUCGGAUGAGAGGGAACGUGAGAACGAAGAGGAGAUCGAUCUGGACGAAUCCGUCCCGAGAUCGAUGGCAUCCGGGGAGCUCGAAGAUUCAUCGUGGACAUCCGAAAUCGAGGACAGACGGGAUGCGGCUUUGGAAUCGAGCCUUCAUAGAAAGCUCGGCGAAAGAAUUUCAUCCAGAAUUAAUUUUCCUAACGAGAAGCAAGAAACAACAAAGUCGAAGGCUAGAGCCGCACCGAAGAAGGGUGCUAGCAGCAAGAUUCUCCCGCCGAUCAAAGGGAGAUCACGCGCUGAGACUCGUGUGGAUAAUGAGGAACAGCAAGGUCGCGGUGAAACGAAUAAAUUUGGUUUUAAGAGAACCGCGGCGUCACACGAGCCGAACGAGAUUCGACGGAAAUUGAACUCGUGCAGCUUCGAAGUUCGACCGCUCGAGGAUGAAGAACGAGGCGGUAAGGCGGCGAGGAUUCGAGGCGAGGGGUCCAUGAUACCCAGACUUGCAUCCCCACUGCGGCAAGGAGCGAAUUCGAUAAAAAACGACAGCGAUAAAUCAGAGAACGUGCGAAACGGUCGCAUUCACUCGGCAGUCGUCUCUGGUAUCAAUUUAGAGCAGCGCACCGUAACUGUAGAAUGGUUCGAGAGAGGAGAGACCAAAGGCAAAGAGGUGGAAAUCGACUCAAUUCUCGCUUUGAAUCGUGAUUUGAGCCAAAAGAUGGGACCACGAAUAGAAGCUGAGACCAUAUGUGCGCUACCGCAGGUGAUGAACAACCACAUGUUGGCGUCCUCGAGAGCGAGGGAGCCGGACUCUUCGGCUGAGGAGGACGAGGGGGUCGACGAGUCGGAGAACCAAGAGGAGGGCUCCCUCGGACGCCAUGGUGGUCACACCACGAGAAACGGCCUCGCAUCCGCAACGCUUCCUGUACGAGUCACAUCUCGUCUCUCGCACUCCACCAGGCCGUCUAUCCCAGUGAAAGCGGGUUCGAAUAGGCAAUUGUCACGACCAACUGACCGGUCCCGCCCGACGAACAUAAUGUCGUCGACCACGUCGGUGAACGGUCACGAAUCGAUUUCCGGCAUCACUGGACGCCGGGAACAACUCGAGAACAUACCGCCGACACCGACGACGACCGUCACGCAAUGCAACCUGACCCCGGUGCAGAAUAGACAGCAGAAACAGGCGCAGCAGCAACAACAGCAGCAACAGCAGUUGCAGCAAGCCCAGGUAGAGAAUGGCCGGGGUAGGCGAUCCAACGUGGUCAAGGAGGUCGAGAGACUGAAGAAGAACAGGGAAGAGAGGAGACAACGGCAAGCGGAAUUGAAAGAGGAGAAGGAAGCAUUAAUGAAUCUAGAUCCAGGCAAUCCAAAUUGGGAGUUUCUUGCCAUGAUAAGGGAAUAUCAAAACAGCAUAGAAUUCAGGCCGCUGCGGGAGACCGACGCCGUGGAAGAUCAUCAAAUCACGGUGUGUGUGAGGAAACGUCCACUUAACAAAAAGGAGCAUGUGCGCAAGGAGAUCGACGUGAUCAGCGUGCCUAGCAAGAAUCAAAUGGUGGUACACGAGCCGAAAUCCAAAGUCGAUCUCACUAAAUUUCUCGAGAAUCAGAUCUUCAGAUUCGAUUAUGCGUUCGACGAGACGUGUAACAACGAGAUAGUUUAUAAGUACACGGCCAAACCACUGGUACAGACGAUCUUCGAGGGUGGCAUGGCAACAUGCUUCGCGUACGGUCAGACCGGCAGUGGCAAGACCCAUACAAUGGGUGGUGAUUUCAACGGCAAGACGCAGGACUGUAAGAAGGGCAUUUACGCCAUGGUUGCCAAAGACGUGUUCAAAUGCCUCAAAUUGGCCAAGUAUCGGCCUCUAAAUCUGGUCAUAUCCUCCAGCUUCUUCGAAAUCUACUCCGGCAAGGUGUUCGAUCUUUUGGCGGACAAGGAGAAACUGAGAGUUCUGGAGGACGGCAAGCAGCAGGUACAAAUAGUCGGAUUGACGGAGAAGGUUGUGGAAACUUGCGACGAAGUAUUAAAGCUAAUACAGCACGGGAACAGCGCCAGAACGAGCGGUCAGACUAGCGCUAAUUCUAAUUCUUCAAGAUCACACGCGGUAUUUCAAAUAAUAGCGCGCAUCCCGGGUACACACAAGGUGCACGGAAAGUUUUCACUCAUCGAUCUUGCUGGUAAUGAAAGAGGUGCCGACACGUCGUCCGCUAAUAGGCAAACCCGAAUGGAAGGUGCUGAGAUCAAUAAAUCUCUAUUAGCAUUAAAAGAAUGUAUACGUGCGUUAAGCCGCAAGGGUACACAUUUGCCUUUUAGAGCGAGCAAGCUGACUCAAGUAUUAAGGGACAGUUUUAUUGGUGAAAAAUCAAAAACCUGCAUGAUAGCGAUGAUCAGUCCCGGGAUGAGUUCCUGCGAGCACUCCCUAAAUACGUUGAGAUACGCGGAUCGAGUGAAGGAAUUGGCAGCGACCGAUCCUACGGAAAUAAAAGCUUCACCGACGGACGACGAUCGGGGUAUGAAAAUCGAGGAACAAGGAAAUAACAGCGUGUUAUCGGAUAGUGAUUUAGCGCAGCUUCGAUCUCUCAAUGAAGGUGAACUGUCGCAAGAUUUGUACACCUUCCAUGAGGCAGUAUCAGCUCUGCAAAUGCUCGAAGAAGAAGUGUUGGAUACGCACAAACUGGUCGUGGAUAAUACGACUAAAUUCCUUAACGACGCGCACAGUGUAUUCAGCGCGACUCACGAGGUGGAUUACGAUCAAGAAGAUUUGAGGCGGAAAAGAACAAAGUUUGAGUCACCCUACCUGAGGAGUUUCUCGUUGCGUAGACGUCUUAUAGAGAGAAAACUAUUUUCCGACGCAUAUGCCCAAAAGUGGGAGCAGCUUUUAAUACAGCAACGUGACAUUCUGAACGCUGCGCUCGAUCAAGUCAGCCAGUUCCGCGGGCAGCUGUUGCAGGAGGAACAAAUCAGCCAGAAGAUGACCCGAACGCGCAACAUCACAACGCGGUACAAUUAAGGAUGUUAUCUUUAGCGAACGCGAUAAAAAAAAAGACAAAAAGUAAUUAUAUCUCACCGGUGAAAAAAAAACAGUCCGCUUCUUAUGUGUGUAUCGACUCUUAAUUACAACAAGCGCGCGCGCGAGAAAGCAGAUAUACCAUGACACUAGUGCGACAGUCAUAGGACACGCAAACUGUAACAAAACUUCGUCUUGCCUUCGAAAUUGCUACGAAAUGUACGUCGUUGAAGUAGCAAAGAGUUCAUAAAUCUCACCCUAGUGAUCUUGUAUCAUAUAACGAUUCUUCUCGAAUGAUUCUCCGUUGCAAAUGAACAAAAUAAGAAGAGAGAGAAAGAGAGAGAAUUUCGCAAGAAGGGAUAUGUAAACCGGACGAUAUGGCAGUCAUAAUAACAAUAAUUGCUUAAGGAUUCACAUCAGCGAGAAAUUAAUUACUUGUUUUUACUACAUUAGAUACUGUUCGUCUCGGCGGGAGUCGGCGAAAAAAACUUUUUAGCCAGGAUUUCUUUAAUGCCUCUUUUAGUUUAAAAUUAGGAAAUUUUAAGCGAAUAUACGGAAUCGCUCGCGAAGAUGAUAAACGAACACGUUUUGAUUUUCGGAGAUCAAUUUUUGUCAGUAUCAUAAUUACGUAUUUUUCUGCAAAACGGGUUCUUAUGUAUUUUACAUGUUUCCAGGCCGCACCGAGACUAGCAAAAUUUUAAGCCGUCAACGACACGUCGAUACUUUCAAUUAUCCGUUUUUGGGAUGCAAAGCACUGUCGCGAAUAAUAAUGCGUAAGCUAUUACGGUGUCAGAUAAACACUUUUUUUUAGGCUGUAGAGAAUGCUAGGUGUAUUAUUACGAGGGGAGAUCCCAUGUGUAUUAUUGGAUAAAGGAAAAAGCCUUAGUGAGCCGAUUUGUCAGAAAAUAGAACAGACAUAUGUCACGGCGAUAUUUUGUACACAUUCAUUUAACACACACAUACACAAGUGCACACGCGCGUAGUGAUCGACUCUUUCGUAAGCCAAAUAACGACUGAUUUGGAGAGGAUAAAAAAAAAGAUGUAACUCUUAGCACGUAAGAAGGCAACUAUUCAGCGACGCUCAUUCGGAUAUUUAAGUUUCUUAGUAUUAAUAUCGUCGAUGGCAUCAAACGGUCCUCUUUUUUUUCUUACGUUAUUAAAAAUAUGAGAUUAAAAUCUUCAUUUGAUUUAUCAACGCAUACUUUUGUGUUUUCUUCCUCACACUGCAAUCGCAAAACUCGUGGAAUGGUCUCGGCGCAAGCUUCACAAGGCUUUAGUACGGAUACGUCCAACGGAAUACCGUCGAUUUUUAUCACAGUUAUAGCUACCGUGGUGAAGUUAACAUCUUCAUCUAUGGACAUAUUUUCUUUAAGCAAAGAAGAUCAAAUCCUCGUAAGAUGUAAAGCAAUAAAUUCUUAUCCUGUCCCGUUUUUGAUCUCUACAUUCUCUAACAUACAUCAUGACAAUUGCUACCAUGAUGCUAAUAUUAUAAUAUCUGAAAUUAAUAUAAAGACAGCAAACAACAUCCUUUGGCCAAAAAUAUAAAAACUCGUUUAAUAAAGCAGAGUUAAGAUUCACAGUGUUCAAUAUUUGUGUAUAAAUUAAGAAACGUAGAAAUGCUUUUACUAUCGGUAUAUAUGUAUAUUUUUUCUCGAUUUUUAUUUGAACACUGUCUAAAAUAUUUACCAUGUCUUGUUAUUCGUGCAGGCAAAUUGGUUUUAUCUUAUUACGAUUUGUUGAUCAUACAUUGCAUUAUAAUGCCAAUUGCAAGGAAAUGUACCGCACUGCAGUUGCACUAGACAAUAGACAGUUAAGAAGAUUAAUAUAACGCGUAUCUCUCUCGCACGUCAUACGACUUAUCUCUCUUGAAGAUUUUAUCCCAGAUGCCUGCUCCCCUGUAUAAGUGUAAAAUCGUGUGCGUGAGACUCGCGAGAAUAACAAUCAUUAUGUGUACGCUCGAUUUUUUUUAAACGUAGAGCCGUUCUAAUUAUGACUCGAGGGAGUUGCUCUCAGUCUCGGAGCUUAGAGAUAAAUUAACAAAGUAACAAUAACAAACGCGCGGAUAGAUGGGAGUAACGGAGCACUGACAUUUCUGUGUUGACAAAAGAUUUACGAUUUUUUAUAUAAAUAUAUAAAAUACUUAUAGAGCGCGCGGAGUUGUAAAGAAAUUGUUUGAGAUUACUGUUGUAUUAAAGGGCUAGAUAGUCGUACACGCCGCCAUUAAUGCCGCGCAUUAAUUUAUCGAGUACGUAUUAUUGAUCGGAAGCUGUGACCACAUGUUAGGGAGUCAUGCUUCAUCUAUCAAAACAAAAAAAUCAUUUUUCGCUACAUAUCCUGAUGGUUGCUAAAUAUAUAUCACCUCGAUCAACAAAUACUAAUCAUUUUCGAGGCAGGUCGUGACUGCUUUGACUCAUGCACGACUAUAUCCUCAUCGUCGAGAUUUAUGAUUUUCUUUAAGACCAUGAAAAAUAUUCGCGUCUCACUAUCUCGAAUAUAGUAUUUUUUAAUAAAUAUAGUAGCGCGAUAGGGAAAAAUGAGGCUUAGCAAUCGAAAGAUGUUAAUAUACUUAUUAUUUUUUUAUAAUCGUAUAAUUUAUGCGGAAGAGAUGAGUGAAUCAAAGAUAUGACACGUACUCCUUCGCCCCUCCCCUAUUAUAUGUCGUACUUAAUGGUCGACCUCUGAACUAUUUUAAUUCGAUGUGCACAGAAAAUAUUUGGAUACGUAUGAGAGGUUUCACGUUGUUGCUUUAUGAAUGAAAUAAAUCAGAUUGAAAAAUGAA